AUGCGCAAGAACGGAUUCUUUUACAUGGGAAAUCAGCAUAAUCAGGUGAACUUCGCGAAAGAGCUGGAGGCGCUGAGAAAAGACUCUUGGGCCAGCACCAGCAGCAACAAGUCGAAACGCUCGAUUACUAUCGACGACAGGAGUGACGCGAUGCGGAAAGCGAGCACCAUGUCCGAGUGUUAUUACGACUACCACUCCGCGGCCCAACAUACUGACGCCACACCCCACAUCAACAUUGGGCGCGAGUUCCAGGCCCGCGUCAAAAAGUGGGCCGACCGGGAGAUCACCGACGAGGAGAGGGAGGCCAUCGAGGAACGCGAUGAGAUGGUUUUCGAUUCGACGCUCAUCGACCACCUAUCUCCGGAGCAAUUAAACGCCUAUGAGCUGCUCUCCUGCAGUCAAGCCGUCCCGAGGCCCGGUAGGAAUAAGGAAUUGGCCCUGCAACUUCUUAUGGAAAACAAAGGCAAUCUCGAGGCGGCCGUGAUGGAUUUGUUACGCUCGGACACGCUGGACUGGGAGCAGUACCGCAGCAUCUACGACUCGUACUACCCGGAUACGACGCCGUGGAGUGCGGAGGAAAUUCUCUCGUUCCAAGAUGCGCUCUAUAAGACGGAAAAAGAUUUCCACCAAGUGGCGCAGGAGCUCACCAACAAAACGGUCCGCGAAUGCGUCGAAUUCUAUUACACCUGGAAAAAAGCGUGCCCCGACGACUACCGGAAACUACGGAAUUUGCGUAGAAAACGCCAGCUCUUGGAGAUUCAUCAGCAGAUGGAAACCGAGCGGGACCCGUGCCCGAUACCGGCAAAACAGAGGAAGCUUUCGGAAGACGAUACUGAGGGUGGAUCGGAGUGUGAUACUGACGCUACAUCACCCGGGUCAUAUUCGGCCAUUCAUGCUUCUUUGGAACCAAGAUCGAGGCAAAAUUCCUUCAUGCAACAAUCCCCAAGCAGCUCGAUGACGCCGAUCCGGAAAACGUCCGAUCUGGCGGCUCCGCAUGUUCCGAUGCAACAAAUGCACAGCCCCUCGAUUCCCCAUCAUCACCACCCGGGUUCCAGCAAGCAGCCGAACACGCAACCCUCAGCCCGGCACGGUUCCGUGUCGUCCGGCUCGAAGAAGGGCGCCCAACCCUCGGCCGACGGCUUCUUCCACUGCCGGCUGUGUGACAAGUGCUUCGAGAAGGUAAAAUCGUUGAACGCCCACAUGAAGAGCCACGCGAUGAAGGCGAGGGCAGAAGCCGAGGCUCAGGCCCAAGUACAGGCACAGGCCGCCAGCAGCCCGCUGAAUUUGAAUGCGAUCGCCGCCCAGAAUCUGGCGACACAGGCGAUCGAGCAGCAGCUCGGCUUCAACCCUGCGGCUUUUCAGCCCGGCGCCCUGAAUUUGCCCUUCUCGUCGAUUAUCCAU